GUAACACUCCUGACUGUCAUAUUGGGAAAGCUGGUGUGGAGAAAUGGAGUGGAAUUUUCUGUCCGGUGUCGGUGCCUUAUUUCUUGGCUACUAUUCUUUAAACUUUGUGCUGCAAGUUCUUCAUGGAAUAAGAGCUUUUGUUCUUCCAGCUCUUGGUCUUAGAAAGAAUCUUAAGAAAUUUGGUGAAUGGGCAGGUAAGCUUGGCUAUAAUUUGCGCAAAGCUAGUAAUUUUUAUAAGUACAUUACUCCAAUCGAUCCUUCCUAAGUUUAACUAGUAGACAGUUUGCCGUGUUACAUGCUAUAUCUGUCUGUUCAUUGAGAAGUCCUUAGAACCAAGGAGAACCGAUUGUCCUCAAGGUAGCAUUUGCUUUGAGUUUUUCCAGCGCGAACUGCUCGACUCGAUCGUGAUACCACGGUGUAACAUGACGGCUUAUGGACUACAUGAUUAGAUGAGCUCACUGAUGUGAACGAAUUUUGUUUUUUUUUUUCAGUGGUGCUGCAAAAUAUCUCUUUUUUUCUAGUUUCAUGCAUAGUUUACUGAUUAAUGUCUCACAUGUUUGUUAGAAAUUAGGUAUCUAAGUACAAAGUUUGUUAUGGCUGACUAACAAGUUAAGGGUUUUCUUUGAUUUGCAAACCGUCUCAUUCUUUGUGUGCAGAUCUUUAGCUGAAUAAAUUCCUUGUAAUCCUUAUCCAAUUUUUUUCUUUCGUUUGCAGUGAUUACAGGGUGUACCGAUGGAAUCGGAAAAGCCUACACACAUGAGGUACUGUGAUUUUCAUAAUGCAAGCAUCUCACUUCUGUGAAAAAUAAAUGAUUAACCAUUGAGUCAAUAAUAAUUUAAUACUUUUUUAUAGUCUAAAAAGAUGGUAGUGAUAACUCAGUUGUAUCACGGCAAUAUAAUCACUCCAAAUCAGUCCAAGUGGUGUAAGAUUGGAUAAGACAAAGUAAACCUGUAGACUUCCAAAAAAAAAAAUUCAGCCAUUUAACAGAGGAAGAGAUGUGAACUUGGACCCUUAUCAUGAGUCUGCUGUUUCCUUCCACUGUCUGAAAUGCCUUUUUUUUAUGUUUUGGUAAAAUGUAAUUUAGUCUGGUGAAAACUACACAUGUACGUCAAGUGGUCUUACAGCAUAGUGGUUAAGAGUUGUGUGGACUUUGGAUUCCAGAGUUAAUUUCAUUGUCUGGCUAUUUCCUUACCCUGACCACCUGAGUUAAUUGUCAUAGUACUUUACUCUCCCUCAAAAAUUAUACUAUCCCUAAAUCCUUCAACUCCUGUGAGUGACCAAGACAGAAUUUCUCCUCACUAUAUAUAUGCAAUAUCAUGCAGACAAGCGAUUAGAUUAUAAGGAAAAUUAUCAAUUAUGAGAUUACUAAUUGAUCCAAUACCAAAUUCUUCAAACUAACAUAAAGAGAAUCAUGUGGCAGAUAGUAAGGAGAAUUGCUAAUGAGAUCUUGGGAGUUAAAGGGUGAAGAGGCCUGACUUUAUCUCUGUCUAUAGUAAUGCAAGAAAUCUCAUGUUUGGUCAAUAACACAUGUGAAAUAAAGGGAUUUUGCCAAGGGUUUUUCAUCAUCAUUGCCACCCAUUAGAACAAAAGCAACAAGGGUUAUUUCUAAAUAUAGCAAUCAUUAGUAAACUUAAUAUAAAUUAAUAAAAUGUGAAAAUAAAUCUCUUUUAAAUGAAUAGGAGGUUAGAAUCUUAAAUUUCUCGUCAGUUUCAUUCCAUAAUAUACAUAAAAGCAAAAGAUUCUUUGAUAUGUCUUUGUUGUAUUCCAAACAUGUCUGUAGAAAGCUUCACUGUCUGUGUAACUUUGUCUUUUUGUGUUGACCUCAGCUUGCAAAGCAAGGCAUCAAGUUGGUCCUGAUUAGUCGCACUGGAGAAAAGUUGGAACUGUUGGCUACAGAAUUAAGUAAGUAAUUUAUAAAAUGAAAAAUGUUUGUUUGAAAUUCAAACUUUACCCUUAAACUCCCAAGAUCUAAUUAAUUAGUCUCCCUUCGGACCACUAUACAUUUCGUCAUAAAAUUAAAGGGCAGAAUUUGGUGAUAUAUCUUGAUGAUGUAUUCUGGCUGAUAAGGCUGUUUGUUCUCAUACCCUGUUGGCAUGAUAACAUAUUUAAAAUCACAGGGAGGAGUUGCAUGUUGAUCACAUCUAAUAAUCAAAUCAUUGAAAUAAUCAAUGAUGAUCUGUAGAUAUGUACACAUAUGUACUAGCUUUUCUAUUCAUGUGCUUUACUUUGAUUCACAGAGGAAGCAUAUGGCACUGAAACUAAAAUUAUUGUUAUGGACUUCACUGGAGGAGCUGAAAUCUAUGAUGGGUUAGGAGACAAACUUGCUGGUCUUGAUAUUGGAAUAUUGGGUGAGUUAUAAGCGUAACAAAAAUGUUUCAGCAUGAAGGGAUUAUUGCUUACCUUUGGUAGCCAGCAAGAUUUUGGUACACUUUCCAUAAAUUGCCAUCGACUGCAUUAUGAAUACCAUUACUAAAACCUCUAUUUUACAAACCUAAGAAUAGCAUUUGAUUUUUUUCGAUUUGAUUAUCUGGGUGUGAGAGGUCUUGAAAAUGAUGGACAUAUAUAUGUACAGUAGUAGUACCUGAUGAUUGGACAACACAGACAGAGGUCAUCUUCUGUGUCAACCAAGUACAACAGUCCUUUUCAGGACUUCUCUCACUUAUUCUUUUCUUCUUUGUUUUUGUUUUUUUCUCUGGUUCCUUCUUUCCUUUCUUACCUUUUUCCUUUAUUUCUGUUAACCCUUUAACUCCCAGAAGUGAUUAACAUGUAACUUCUCCUUAUAAUAUCCAAACAUUAUCCAGGAAACAGGUAGUGAGAAUACUCAAACUCAUCAGGUGCAAGACAUAUACCUUGAUCAAGCACCAAAUUCUAGUAACCAAUUUACAAAGAAAUGUAUAGCAGCUAGAGGGGAGAAUUGACAAUCAGAUCUUGGGAGUUAAAGGGUUAACUCUGUCAGUAAUGUAUGAUUUAAAUAUUUUUUUAUCCUUUUAACUCCCAUGAGUGACCAAGGCAGAAUUUCUCCUUACAAUAUCAAUACAAUAUUAAUACAAUAUCAAGCAGACAAGUGAUGAGAAUAAAGAAAAAUAUCAGUUAGGGGAUUAUAAGUUGAUCCAAUACCAAAUUCUCUAAACUAACAUCACAAGAACUGUAUGGGAGACAGUAAGGAGAAUUACUAAAUAAAUGAGAUCUUGGAAGUUAAAGGGUUCAUUGUUUAAAUUAUUAUUUUUUUUUGUAGUCAACAAUGUUGGAGUUUCACAUUACCCAGAAUUUUUUGGCAACAUGAAGCAAGAGGUAAAAUAUGACAUUAAUAGACGGUCAUUAAAUUUCCAAUGAUAAGCAUUUGACAUAUAAUUAUUUUAUUUGAAUUUUUUCCGUUUUAGCUUAAAUGCUGACAGAUGUCAUACAUAAAUAUAUAUUAUAAAUAAGUUAACAUACAUUAUAUUGAGCUAAUAAUCCCUUCCACAAUGAAUUUACUGAAGGCAUCUUUGAUAAUUAUUUGACAUUUUCUGUAAUAAUGGUAAAUUUGUAUGUUAUGGAUAUUUAAGAUGAAUGGGAAGUUGUACUGUUACAUCUUGUCUAAGUAGCUCAUUUGCACUUGAAUUGUCAUGAAUCUUUCUUGUUGUUUUCACAUUGGUAUUUUUUGCCAAUAAACUACACCAGUUUGUGCCUUGAAAAUGAGGUUAGGGGGGAUGAAAUUGGGUUUUCCAAGGUAAACAUCUAAAAGGCCUAUUUUCUCUGGCCACCUAUUUGUAAAAGUUUACAGAUUAUUUGUAUGAUUUCUUUGUAGGAUGCAUGGAAGAUGUUGAAUGUUAACGUUCUUUCUGUCACAAUGGUCAGUACUUGCAUGUAUAGCAGCUAUUUCUAGAACUUGUGGUUAUAUUGUUUUUAUAGUUUUUUCUUUGUCAUAGAAAAUGACUCUUAUAUGAACUAAAUAUUAUUAUUAUUGAAAUAUUUGUUUUUCUUUAAAGAUGACUCACACUAUCCUUCCAGACAUGGCUGCCAAGUAAGUUUGUGGACAUUUACGAUUUCUUUUGGAGCUUCAUUUUUGUUUAGACUUUGCAUGGGGUGGCUAAGGCUGAGAGCCCUGGACUCCAGUUUGUGAUGUCUGAGUCCAAGAUCAGGCCAGGGAAUUGUGUUACAUUCUUGUUCAAGAUGCAUUUUUUCUCCUAGGAAUUUAAACAGAUAUUAGUGAACUGUUGCGGAAGCCUGAAAAAGUCCUCAAGGUUAUUACCUGCAAAGGAUUGGCAUUUUGUCUCUUGGGAGUUACAAUACCUUUGCAUAAUGCCUUCUUUUUGACUGCUUUGUGUUUUCCAUUACUGUUACUUUCCUGUGAUGCCUCCUGCUAGCAAGCUUUUAUUAGUAACACAACAGUCUGUGUGUCGGAUAGGAGUGGGUGCCAGCGAGAAGUCAAAUUUUUUAUUUUUUUAUUUUUUUAUUUUUAGAUAAAGAUAGCUUUUGGGAAGUAAAAAAACCUGAUAUGGAAUAGAUUAAAUGUAGUGUAUUUCCUUUACGGCUGUACAUGUACAUGUAUGUAGACCUAAUCAUGCCAGAAAAAUAAUCUGUUUCUUAGGUCUGGUAAAAACAAUUUUCAAGUUUUCUUUCCUAUGAACGAGUCCGAAACUGCACGCACUGUUCUUUUUUGUUGAUGAUAAGAUUUAUGCUGAUUAGGAGUAACUGUUUCCUGAUGUAUCCACAUUGUUCUUUAGAGGAAGAGGUCUGAUAAUAAAUGUAGCCUCUGCAGCAGGCCUGACACCUACUCCACUGCUGUCCAUGUACUCUGGGACCAAGGUCUGUGUUGCUCAUCUAAUUGAUAUUGACUAACAGUUAUCCUUAAUAUUGUACAUGCUUGACAUUUAUCUCUUUGUUCUAUGGAAAAAAUAUGAGAGGAGUUACGGGGCCAGGAAAGAAAAUUUGUUAUUUUCCCCAGAUUACGGAACAGAACAGCAAUUUUUUUAGCUUGUGCAAUUAAUAGCUUCCAAUUUCCUUGAUAACUCAGUUGGUUAGAGGGCUGCAUCAGUCUUGUUUUUUUUUUUUUUUUUUUUUUUUUUUUUUUUUUUUUUUUUUACAAUAAACCUUUUUCUAUAACAACUUUUUUUUUAUUGGCAGGUGUUUGUUGAUUUCUUCAGCAGAUGCCUGAAUGCAGAGUAUUCUUCAAAGGGCAUCAUUGUUCAGGUGAUUGCUCUUUCCUCAACAUACUGAGUUUUUGUGCCUUUUAAUAGAUAUGCAUUAAUCAUGUGGUACUGUAUGAGAAGUAGUGGCCUGGUGGUUAAUAACCUGUGCUAAGGGUACUGAGGUCUGGGUUCAAGACCUUGCUGGUUCAUUCUUUUGAGUCCUUAGAAAUAGGUAUUGGCGAAUUGUCAGGGAAGCCUGAUUGUUUUUAGCCUGAAAUGCAAUUUGUGUCAGGUGUUGUAGAAAUUCCCUUCCUUUGCUUUUUCCUUGGGGGUGUGGGGAGGGUGGGAGGGUACAGCUACAUGUAGGCUGGGGGGGGGAGGUAACUUUGUCAUGGGUAACCUUGUGAUGAACUGGUGUCCCAUCCUGUGAUGGGGGAGUAAUACUUCUUGUGAGUUAGGGUUAGGAUAAGCUAAUCCUACAGAGACUAGGAUAAGCACUGGUUUUACAUUGUAUGUUUUAUUUCAUCUUGUUUUUUUUUUCAUUUUCAGUGUGUAUUACCCUACUAUGUUGCUACUAAGAUGAGCAGAAUCAGGAAUCCAAACAUCUUUGCUCCAGGUCCAACUACUUAUGUUCGUCAGGCCCUGGGAACACUCGGAGUGGAGUCUAGGACUGUAGGAUGUUGGAGCCAUGCUUUGCAGGUAACUGUACUUUGGAAGAAACACUAAGUACAAUCUAAGGGCCAACACAUUUAUAAUUAAAGUCUUUAUAGAAACUAUUUUGCACAAUUUUUCCAAAAUCAAGCCUUAAAAAAUGUGUUAAAAUAUUUUUUUUGAUUUCUUUUCCAUCCAUGUUUUCCGCUGACUUUUCACUUGUGAUAUAUCAAUUUAAACCAGAUAGUGCACUAAAAAGACAGAAUGAAUGCGAGCAAAGAAGUUAGUUGUCUGCUGUGUGUUACUCAACCCAAAUAUUUUUACUCAUUUUUUGAGAGCUGGUUUUAUUGUGAUGGUACAGUGCUUUCCACAUCAAUGUGAAUUAUGCAGAACUAUUUAAAAAAAUAGAUUUUAGCCGUUGUCUUGCAAUGGAAAACUUGUUUUCAAAAUGAACUAGUUUUUUGUCAGCAACGAUGCUUGACCAUAAGAGUGUAUUAAUUUUAAUCAAGUUCCUUCUAUCGUUUAGCACAAUCCUUAUAACAACAGUAGAUCAAAAGUGUAUUUGAGUCGACAGGUCAUCGGGGCGACUUUAUGAAGAAAUAAAUUUCUUCUUCCUCUGGGAGAACAGAAAAAACGCUAUUUUAACCUCAAUCAGCUGUAAAAGAAAGCCUUUCUUUCCAUCAGUCGUAAGAUACGAAAAUAAGAAAGUAUCUUCGACAUCUUUGGUAUCACCAGAUAUUUUCCUUAGCUGUAGAUGGGGUGUAAUCGUUCACGUGACACUUUUAAACUACGCGAAAAUUUUUGUCGGAUCACAAACGAAAUGUAAAAGGAGGAGUGUGUGUUAAUAUUUCGCCAAUGUAACAGUGGUGUUCCUAACGUGAAUUUACGUUUCUUCUCGUAGAACUGGUUUAUAUCACGGGUUCCGGACUGGCUGAGGCAAAAGCUGAUGUGGAAUGUCAACACAGCGAGGCGAAGAGCUGUCCUGAAACGACUCCGAGAGAAGGAGCUGAAAGACUGA